UUUAUCUGCCGCUGCAGCGCACUGCCAAGCUCGUCCUGAUUCUCCGCUUUGACAGACCCGCCCCCUCACACACAUCACAUCAUGUCCUCCCAAUGGUCCAAAAUCCAGUCAGUCUUGUGAGCUCAUCACACACAGGUGGUGAGACAGAAUGUGACAGGCCUGCAGUGGAUGGCCAGUGAAGCCUGGACAACAGCUGCUGUGCUCCAGACUCCUCACCUCAUGCUGUACCUGGGUGGAACACUGGGCAUCUCGAUUCGUCGAGGAGAAAUACCAGGAUUCAGCUAUUUCCUGUUACAAAUACGUCCUGACCUACAUCACAACAACAGUUAUGGGAAUAGUGUGGUGAAUCAGUUUUGGGAACAUACAUUUCAGUGUAGAUUUUCACCACCUCCAGCAGAUUGGGUGGAAGCUGGAGGAGAAUUAUGCACUGGACAGGAAGUUUUAGAGAAGGUGGAGACUGAGUUCCUGGAUGUUUCAGACCUCAGGCCAGAGUAUAAUGUGUAUAAGGCUGUGUACGCUCUGGCGUAUGCUCUUGAUGAAAUGCUGCAAUGUGAGCCAGGGAAAGGACCUUUCAGCAACAACACCUGUGCUCAUUUACAAAGACUGGAGCCAUGGCAGACUCAAUGGAGUGCACCAGUUGUCCAGAAGAUUUCUGGUCCAGCCCCCAACGUGACCACUGUGUUCCGAAGAAAACAGAUUUCCUCUCCUACCAUGAGCCUUUGGGUAUCUGCUUGACAACUAUCUCACUGUUGGGCACAUCUAUCUGUGUUGUUGUUCUAGGCAUCUUUAUCCAUUAUCGCAGCACACCUCUAGUCCGUGCCAACAAUUCAGAACUCAGUUUUCUUCUCUUGGUUUCACUAAAAUUGUGUUUCUUGUGUUCAUUACUCUUCAUUGGACGACCCAGAUCUUGGACUUGCCAACUAAGACAUGCAGUAUUUGGCAUCAGCUUUGUGCUUUGUGUCUCAUGUAUCUUAGUGAAAACCAUGGUGGUUCUGGCUGUGUUCAGGGCCUCCAAACCAGGAGGUGAGUCCAGUCUCAAGUGGUUUGGUGCUGUGCAGCAGAGAGGGACAGUUCUGGUUCUGACUUCUGUUCAAGCAGCAAUCUGCACUGUCUGGCUUGUAUCUGCUUCACCAAUGCCUCAUAAGAACACCCAGUAUCACAGUGACAAGAUAGUUUAUGAAUGUGUAGUUGGAUCCACAGUUGGUUUUGCAGUUUUACUUGGUUAUAUUGGUUUACUGGCCGUAAUGAGUUGUUUGUUAGCUUUUCUAGCAAGGAAUCUUCCAGACAGUUUCAAUGAGGCCAAACUCAUCACUUUCAGUAUGCUGAUCUUCUGUGCAGUGUGGGUGGCCUUUGUCCCUGCUUACAUCAGCUCACCAGGCAAAUAUGCAGAUGCAGUGGAGGUAUUUGCCAUCCUGGCCUCCAGCUUUGGCCUCUUGGUGGCGCUGUUUGGACCCAAAUGUUAUAUUAUACUGUUAAGACCAGAGAGGAACACAAAGAAAGCCAUCAUGGGUCGAGACACAGAGUCAUAAAAAAACUUAAAAAAACAACAACUUCCUGUAACAAAAGUAAUCCAUAUUCAGGUACAGAAAAUGUGUGGAGAAGGCUAAAUGCACAGCAUGAAA